ACGUGGUGUUGCUAGGGGCGUGGGUUAUAUAUUCUAGUUUUCCCAAACCUGAAAGAGGUGAAAUUAAGGAAGAUAACAGUCGUGUCAGCUGGACGGAAAAUGCGCUGAGAGCUGCUUGCGCUGUGCCGCAGUGAGCAUGAUCUGAUCCGACUCUGUCCAUCCUGCACUCUCCAGGUCAACAGAGGGGAAAGUACGCGAGGAUAGUCAAAAGAACACUGCAGAGAAGCCGAGGGGCCACUUAUCGGAACUUAUUAAGAUUUUUACUCGGAGCACCUGCUAUUUAUUUGCACAAACCAUAGCCCGGGAGGAUAUGGGUCUGCGCCGCGUGCUGUGUUUUAGGAGGGAUUAGGCCCGCGGUACAGCCUCAACACCCUGGCCUGUCCACUGCAGGCCAGCAAUUUGUCUGCGGAACAACAUCACAUCAGUUUGCGCUGGAGCGGGGACCUCAUGCACUGUGGAGGGAACUGUUUCCGUGAGCUCAUCGGGUGAAUGACAUCAGGCUUCAGCUGAACGGCUCCGUGCUGUAUAAUGCAGCAAGGUGGACCGGGGCGUGAGCAGGCAAGGAGCAAUGCGCGCAUCUUCCGGGCUGGAUAUGCUGUGGAGGUGUUCAGUGUCCUAAACAAAUUCCAGGCAUAAGGCGGCCAUACAUCCUGAGCUGGCGAACUGCGUCACUGCACGCGAGUGUUGCAGGUAGGCAGCACACUCUCCCACCGCCAGGAGAGGAGCGUGCUCGUCAUCCUCCCUUCAGCACAAUGUCGCCGGUAAGUGCUUAAACACCGACCAGGGAUGGAUUCACCUGAUCAUUCAAGCAAAGACCCGCCACUGGGAUACACAUAUUCAUCAGCACCCAAUUUAGACUCGGACAUUAAUGCAAAUGAGCCUGGGUAUGUGUAUCAGAAUGGGACAGCCCAUAAUGUCAACAUCCAAAUCGAAGCCCUGCGAGGAGCAAGUGACCCCAGCGCGUGCCCCUCCACAGACUACCGGGCGCUGCUUCGCCAAAGGUUCAUCCGGCGAAGUUUGUGGGAGUCAGACUCCGAAGAGCAGCAGCAUCAGCAGCGGCCAGUGGAGUGUGUUAACAGCGGCCCGGGGCCCCACUUUGACCUGCGGACAGUCGUUGAUCGGAGUCGAACCCGAGUUGCGCAUGGAACCGGUCUGGGCCUCCAGGAGACUUCAAGCACGCAGAACCAGGUGAUGCUGAAGGACAGCGCCAUGGAGAGCGCGUGCGCCGACGAGGGGAAGGGGCACAGGAGCGAAACCGAGCCAAAGGUAGAGGUUACGCCCUCGGAUGUCACAGGUAAAGCAGGAAGUGACGAGAACGAAGAGGAGCCUGGGAUGAAGGCUGUGUCCACUUCACCUGGGGGUCGCUUCCUCAAGUUUGACAUUGAGCUGGGGAGGGGGUCCUUCAAGACCGUCUAUAAGGGUCUUGACACCGAAACCUGGGUAGAAGUGGCAUGGUGUGAACUUCAGGAACGGAAACUAUCCAAAGCUGAGAGACAAAGGUUCAAAGAGGAGGCGGGGAUGUUGAAGGCUCUCCAGCAUCCCAACAUUGUGCGGUUUUAUGACUUCUGGGAAUCACCGGUUAAAGGAAAGAAGUGUAUUGUUCUGGUAACAGAGCUGAUGACCUCAGGGACACUUAAAACGUAUCUUAAGCGUUUCAAGGUGAUGAAGCCGAAGGUUCUUAGGAGCUGGUGCAGGCAGAUUCUCAAAGGCCUCCACUUCCUCCACACGAGGACUCCUCCAAUCAUCCACAGAGAUCUCAAGUGUGACAACAUCUUUAUCACUGGUCCCACAGGAUCUGUCAAAAUAGGAGACCUAGGCUUGGCAACACUGAAGAGGGCCUCGUUUGCUAAAAGUGUCAUUGGCACUCCAGAGUUCAUGGCCCCAGAGAUGUAUGAGGAGCACUACGAUGAGGCGGUGGAUGUCUACGCCUUUGGGAUGUGCAUGCUGGAGAUGGCCACCUCAGAAUAUCCCUAUUCUGAGUGUCAGAAUGCUGCUCAGAUCUACCGCAAAGUCACCAGUGGGGUGAAACCUGCCAGCUACAGCAAAGUCAGUGACCCAGAAAUUAAGGAAAUAAUCGGGGAAUGUAUCUGUAACCGAUGGGAAGAAAGGUACUCCAUCAAGGACCUCCUGAAUCAUGCCUUCUUUGCAGAGGAUACAGGCGUGAGGGUGGAGCUCAAUGAAGACGAUGAUGGAAAGAAAUCCUCCAUUGCCCUGAAGCUGUGGGUUGAGGAUCCUAAAAAGCUGAAGGGGAAGUACAAGGACACUGGUGCCAUUGAGUUUUCCUUUGAGUUGAUAAACGAAGUCCCGGAGGUUGUGGCGCAAGAAAUGGUGGAAUCUGGGUUUUUCCUGGACUGUGAUGUGAAGAUAGUUGGGAAGUCUAUUCGUGACCGCGUUGCUCUCAUCAAAUGGAGGAGGGAGCGUACAGUCAUGUCAGGAAAUGGCGAAGCAGCUGUGAAGAAGCCGCAGCCGAACCUACUGCAGGUGCCCGGUACUAUUGUACCACAGGCACCCGCAGUAGCGACGGCGGAUUAUGAGGAGCAAGAGGUGGAGCAGCAGACCCUGAGCUGCACCGUGCCAGCCGCCACAUCUGCCACAUUUGACAGCGGAGUGAGCUCUACAAUGCAGUUAGAUGAUCUCAACAAUCAGCAAGAUGGCCCCUACCAGUCGCUUCCAGAGUCCAGUUCCUCAACUCAGAACAUCUACAGUCCUCCUGCACAGGUUGAACCUCAGCUGCACCAGGGAACCUACCAGCAACCCGCACAGGUCUUUCAUGAAAACUACACCCAAACAUCCACUCAAUUACACCAGGGAGCCUACCAGCAGCUGCAGCCUGGGGCCUAUCAUCAGCCUGCAGCACAACUGCAGCAGGGGCCUUAUCGCUCUCAAACAUGCCAUCUCCAACCAGCUGUUGUUCUGCCCCAGUUUCCCUCACCAUAUCCUGUUGUUCAAAUAGGGGGCCUCAGGCCCACUUCCUCCCCCCCAGCUACUCUGCAAGGUGCCUCCAGCAGCAGUGGCCCUCUUAAGUCUAGCUCCCACUACUCACCGCCGCUUGUAUUGCCCCAGCAGCAGGGUGGCCCUCUCACAUCUCAGACAAACAUUGGUAGCUACCAUACCUCCCUACCCUUACAUCUCUCCCAGGUUCAACCCGCCCCAUACUCUGCCCCCUACCUUGAGCAGGAAUUGGCUCAGCCGCCUGUCCAGGUACAGAUGAAUACACCACAGGGUAAUCACGGAGAUGUUCACCUUUUGGCUCCGGUCCACGCUGACUUGCCUGCUGGUCAGACUUCUCUCUGGGGAAGCGGAGUAGAUGUCGUAACCCCUGCAGCAGGCCGAGACUUAUCUGGAGUUCCUACAGUUCCAGCUCCAGUCCAAGCCCCAGCCUCAAUCCCAGCUACAGCCCAAGUUGAAACUCAAGCCCCAGCACAAACUCCAGCUCUGGUCCUAGCACAAAACCAACCACCGCUCCCUGUAUCAGCUAAAGCUGCAGCCAUGCCUCAAACUCCAGCUUUGAUCCGUGUUAAUGCCCCAGCUUCAGUACCAAUGCAAGUUCCAACAGCAGUUCAAACUAUAGCCUCUGCUCCAGUUCAAGCACUGGUCUCUGCAUCGGGUCCACCAAAAGGCUCAUCGACCAGCUCAGAAACACCUUAUGCACUUGGCAAACCCAAACUCUCCAUCCUUAGUUUAGGCUCUGACCCAAUUCCUGUCACACUACCAGACUCAGCUCCUGUCGCAGCUUCAGUCACAUCCCAAUUUCUGCAGCCUUCUAGCACCCAGACAACAGUCUCAGUGUCUGAGUGCGCCGGCCAGGCCACAACUCGGCAACCCUUUGAUUCAACAUCUUCCUCUAGCAUCCUUCAACAAGAGUCCUGUGUAGAGGAUGUGUUUCAAGACAAACCUGGAUCUUUACCGAGUUAUGCUUAUGACAGUCUCAACUCUGAUGUGGCAUCUGGUAAGGAAACAAGUGACGGCUAUGACAGCUUGGCUAGUGGAGGGAAGGGGGACGGAAAACCCAGGAAACAUCACCGCAAGUCUGCUCGCACACGCUCCCGUCAAGAAAGGAACAGCAAGCCCAAACUGAGCAUUCUCAAUGUUUGCAACACUGGUGAUAAAAUGGUGGAAUGCCAACUGGAGACUCACAACCACAAAAUGGUGACAUUUAAAUUUGAUCUGGAUGGAGAUGCUCCAGAGGAAAUUGCCACUUACAUGGUAGAGAAUGGGUUCAUCCUACUGUUCGAGAAGGAGAUCUUCAUUGACCAGCUAAAGGACAUUGUGGAUAAAGCGGAAGACAUGCUAAAUGAAAACAUGGAGGGUGAAAGAGCCUCUGCCUUGAGUUGUAGUCCUGAACAAGGCCAGCUUUCUGAGGGGCUGAUAGGAGAGAGCCAGCAGCCUGGAGCACAUCAGCCGGUCUAUCAGCAGAAUGGAAAAAGAUGGUUCAUUAUCUGCCCUGUUGAGGAGACGCCCACAUCCAACCAGGAGACCCCAACUGAUGGGACAGCUACACAGUCUCUUGGGAGUUCAGCCACCAUCCACCCUGCUGACAGUGGCACUGUGAAGCCACCUGCAUCCAGAGAAGAGGGGUCGUCCUCGACAAUGUCUGGUGGAAGUGGUGGCUUCACCUAUGAUAUCUAUGGAUUUUGUAGCCCUCCGAUAAUGUCCAACACAGACCCUCUCCUCUCAGCUACCCUGUCCCCUCCUGUGUCUGCGCCCCCAACCCUUCAGUCAGUGGAGCCUGUGGGCAGCUCGGUGCAGCCCCCUAGAGCUCAAACGGUACCCCCGUCAUCCCCACAUACGUCGGUACCUGUGGAUGAUUCGGGAUCUCCUUUGGGCUCCAUCUCCCCAAUCCAUGCAGCUCAGCAGAUGCCCGACAGGACGUGUCGCGUGUCUAUGGCCGACGAGGUGCCUUGCUGCCCCCUGGUCAUGCCCCUGUCUCUGGAUGUGAGCGGUUUACAGAGGGGUUCUCCUCUCACUCCUCUUCCACUCCAGGAGCCAUGUUCAGCCAAAGAGCCGCUGUCUGUCUCCUAUGCCUCCACAGCUCGCAGCGAGCGCCCACAGCAGCCCGUGGUGAUGCACCAGCCUUUUUCCAGCGUGGGGGGCACCAAAGUGUCCUCAGUUCCCCAGAGCCCAGCGCCAUCCCAGCACGGCGCAGGGCCUGGUGAGCCAGACGGUGAUGGACGUCUGGGCCGCGGGGGCUUUGUGGACAGCACCAUAAAAACUCUGGAUGAGAAACUAAGGAACUUGCUCUACCAGGAAUAUGCUCCCAUGUAUCCAUCGGGCUGCGCUGCAGAGACACCCGGCUCCUGCACCGAGUACAUCCAGUCUCCUCCUGGUCCGGAGAGCGCCGCAGGAGGGUCAGGAAACAGCACGCCAGGUCCGAUGGGGGAGGGACGCUACAGGGUGGGAGAACAGCUGCCUCAAAUUCCAGAGAGAAUGGACAGUUUGAGCACACUGAGUGACUCAGCUGUGUGUGCUUCCCUGUCAAGAAGAUCCGUUCCUCACUCUGUUUCCUGCUCUGGAACACGAGGCCGAUUUAAGAUAAUGUCUGUUCCUCCUGAAGUGGCCAACAGACGCGAUGUGAAGCAGAGGAGCUGGAGCAGUGCUGCCUCGCCGGCACACCCUGUCGGAUACAGUGAGGAGUUCGUCCAGGCUGAGACCAUGUCUGCAUCCACCACGAUUGGUCGUUUCUCUGUGGUUAGCGCUGAAGAUGACAUGACACUGAGGACACGGUGCAGCCGCUACUCUGCCCCGCCUGAUUUCUACCUGGACACACCUCCGUCCGUGGCCAAGCGGGGCUCCCUGCCUCGCGCCCUGACCUCGAACUCUGUCGCUGUGGAUGUCACGGUCCAUGCUCGUUUCCUCUCCUCAGACUCUGGGGCUGAGAGCAGCCCAGCGAAGAUGGCUCCUGCCACCCCUCAACAUACUCGCUCUGAGCGCAGAGGAAGUGACCUCAUGAAGAGGGCAGUGGCCUUCCUCCGUCGCUCAGGGCGCAGCAGCAGUGUGCAGAGCUCGGAUUCACCAAGUAGGCAUGGAGGCGUGCACGGUUCGGCCUACGCCAGCAGCGAUAACGACUCCGAGAUGGAGGACUCGGACAUGAAGAGGGAACUACAGAGACUCAGGGAGAAACAUCUGAUGGAGAUCUCUGAGCUGCAGGCCCAUCAGCGGGGGGAAGUGGAGCUGCUGUAUUGCCAGCUUGGCAAAGCCCCUCCGACUGGCCUGGGUCUCUCACACGUUGCACCACACGCCGGUCGAAGGAAGAGGUCCAGCAAACACAGACUGAAGCCUGGAAAACUUCUCAGCCCUCUGGUUCAGCAAUUUAGAAAUGUCACAACCAAAUCUAGUGACUCCAGAAGAUCCAGUGCUGCUACGGGUACAGGUGAGCCCACAGCGAGUUUAAAUGGCUCUCCGGCCAAAGGGUCUCUCCCCACUGACGGGAGGGCACGCUCAUGCACCAGCCACCUUCCCAGCUCCACCUCAGAGUCCGUUCAGACUCAGCAGCCCUGUUCCCUCAAGGGAUCUUUGUCUUCUGAUAAUAUUUACGCUGGACUACAUGGAGACGGCACCGGCACACAAGCUCCACCUGGGCAAGGGUCAACACUGAAGCGUCUUUGUCUUGGUAAAGAACGUGGCAACAGGUCUGGAGCCGGGCCAGGGCCUUUCAAUCAAUCACAGCAGCCACCUACAGGUGCGACUCCUCCUUCUCAUCAGCCGGUGAUGGGACUGGCCCAAGCUCAGGCCAAUAACAGCAACAACAAGACAGGCACAUACACCGGCUUUUCCAUGAGUGAAAACAGCCUGCCUGAAGACUUGCAGCGGCUGAUGGAGGACUGGGCUCAGGAUGUUCUUAUCGUCACCCCCAGGCCGCGCACUAACUCUCUGAGCAUCAGCGGGCGGCAGCUUUGGAAUCAGGUUGUGCCUCGAACACGUGGACAGAUGGCUAGCGCUUCAGACGUAUCAAGGACAGCUCCAGGUGCAGAGCCCUGCCGUCUUCCUCUGUCAUGGCCUGAAGGCCCCUCCACAGGGCCCCAUCCCAGCUCUCAGCUACUCCCUCCUGCUCCAUUCAGAGCCUUGUCCUCACCUCUCUCUGUUAGCCAGUGGCCCGGGUUGCUCUUCCCCCUCCCUUCAGGAGCCUUUGCCUUUCCUGACGUGCCCUCGGCCCAGGACGCCUCUAGCCCCAUUCCAGCUCCAUCAUAUCAGCCACCCGACCCCAGAGCCAGGACUCUCUAACCUGAGUAGCAUUGUGACUUCUAACUUCGUUACCAAAAAGAAAUGUCAUCAUAAGUCCAGUCAAUUGUAUGUGAAGACACUGUAUAUAUUUAACCGGCAUGUAUCUAAUCAUAUGUACAUACUCGUCUCCAUUAUACUCUAAGCGUUUUCUGUUAUUUGUUUGAUUUGCAUCAACAUACCUCAUGUCCAUAUUAAAGUACCUAAUCUUUGAGUGCAGUGUAGUCGUGGUAGUACAUUAAAAGAUGUUUAAUUAGCCCAAUCAGACUUAGAAGAGCAGAUCUAUGUUCAUAAUGUAGUGUUCAUUCAUGGUACGUUGCCGUGUGUAUAUAUCUAUCUAUUAAUUCCUGUCUGUACAUAGCUCAAGUGUUGUACAGUUAACAUUAGAUAAUACAUUGGUCGGUGCUGCAGAUAUGUGUCUUAGUGCGACACCUUAUUCGCCACCAUCAAGCCGUCACUAUGAAGACUUGACAUCCUGGUCACUAGGACCAGUCGCUUUACUCUGCUCUCUCAGUCCAAGGAUAGGUUUCAUUCUUCAUCGAUGAAAUGCUUCCAGCACAAGCGCUUAAAAUAUCCUCAAGAGAUUUGGACGAACUUGAACUUUAUUUUGAGGUGGAAAAACACCUGUGAGAGUGCCUUGAAUUGCAGUUUCAGUUUUAUGAAGACAAGUAUUUAGAUUCAAAUCAGGACUCUAGAUAUUAUGUAUGCUUUCACCUCCAACUGUAAAUUAUGUGAUUUGAAUAAUGAAUGCUGAUGAACACAUAAUUACUUUAGCCACAAAACAUAACUAAACACUAUAAUCUGGUCAUGUUGCAGUUCAUAAAAUUCACAGAUUGUAAAAACUUAUUAAUUGAAGUAAUUUCCCUGUGGGAUUGCUCUGCCACCUGCACCAGCUGCAUGCAUGCAUUGAUAUUCUGUGUGUGCACAGGUUGAAGUGGUGAGUUACACUAAGAUAUUGUUAAGAUACAUUUAUAUUGAGGCCAUACGACAAGGAGGGCUGAAGGGCAUAUGAGUCAGAAUCAUGAUCAUACCAUACCUCUACUAAUGCAGUCUAGCUUUACAUAUGGUUGCCUUUGUGGUUUUUACGAGAUAACUGGCUGUUUGAUAAAUGUUGAUGAUAUGGUGACGUUAGAGGCACAUGAAAAAUGUGAACUAUUGAGAAGCCUGUUUAGGAGAACUGUUUGAUAUGCUAUUUGUAAAAUGCAUAGGUUUUCUAAAUGAUGUUUAUUCAAUGCUGGCCUCACAAUUUCAUCUGGCUCAUACAGCUAAUUGUAUGUACUAUGGCUGAAUUAAUUCAAAGAUCUCCAACAAAUAUUACGCAAUCACGCUAUCAGUUAUUUAAAUAGUGCUUCCUCAAAAACUACACGUUUAAAACUUUCUUCUCUUGUAUAACUUUUCUAAGCAGAUUUCCCUCUCAAGGAUAAUUUGUAGAAUGCAUCAAUAUGAUGAUGUAUUGUGGUAAAACAAAGCAGUGGCAAAAAUCUACGCAGUCAAGAAGUAGGUUGGGUGCAGUGAUCCAGACGGACUGCGGGUCAAGCUCCAGAAAUGCUGGAACCUACAUUUUCAUGUUCAAGUCAAUAUCAUCUUUGACAUCAUUAUUUCUCGAAUUUUGAGAACCACAUUAUACAACAGUGGAAUUAAUAAUAAGUAAACUGGACUUUAUGUGUACAAUUGCUGGAGUGCCGCUUUUCGAUUUUAACUGAUUAUGUUGUCUUAAAUGCAGAAUUUCCUCCAUGAUGAAAUCUAGAUUGUUUUCUUCUUCCUGACAACAUCCCCUAUGCAGCUUAUUCUUUUGUUGUGCUUUUCACAGUAAAUCCUGUAUUUAAUCUCUUUAAUGCUUGCAAUGAAAGCAAGGUGUAUGGUUCAUUUUGCCUGCUGUAUCACCGAUUUUCCUUGUCUAUUCCUGACUUCGUCAGAUCGGUACAUUUCACAAAAGCUGUACAUACUUGAAGACAGAAAUAAUAAAUAAAUUUUUGCUUGACACCAUACAAUAUAA